AUGUCUUUUAUGGAACGUCUAUCCGGAAUGCUGUUGCAUUCAAUUUUGUGUGCCAACUACACACCCGAACGCCCACUGAACGUGGAAGACCGGCCACUGAUCGAAAUUCGUCCCCAGCAGCUCCAGGGCAUGGUCGAUACGCUCCGCGCCAGGGGCAGCCACACCCACAAGGCAUGGGAAACCUGCCUACUGAAGUUGGAACAACUUCAAACCCGACAGGGUGAGGCAAACCUAUUCUCAGCCCUCGACGCUGCAGAGAGCGCCUUCCACGAGGUGAUCCUGGAUCUCAAGGACUUUUCACAGUUCCAAGAUGACGCGGAACAAGAUCCCAGUGUACCAGCCGUCAUGUCCCGGAUCGUCGGGGUUGACGACGCCAGUGAUUUCCCAGUGAUCGACACCUUUUGCACAGAGAUGGCUAGGGCGGACGAGAUACUGCUGGGAAACGCCACCAGCGAAAGUGGUGAACCCGUGGAGAGAUUCGCGGGCAUCGACAAGCUUCUCACCGAAGCACUUCCGCAGCUUCAGAAGUUCAUUGAAGAGCAGAACAACGCGGGAGUUGUUUUACUGAUGACAUUGGAGAUAAUCCAAGCCCAACGCUUUGUUGAGGAAAAGGGCGCGGGGAAGUGGCUCCAGCCACUUAAGGAUAUCCUCGGAGAAGAUCUCUAUGAGCAGAUCUUGGCGGCUGGAGCUGCUUGA